AUGGAGACUUCGGAUGAGCAGGUGAAUGAAGCUCAGCUGACGCAGUCUGUGCGUCAGGAGAAAGCACUGUGUGAGACGCCGGGCACGAGCAGGACUUCUACUAGGGGCAGCCUUCGCUUCGGGAGCCUCAGCCAUCAUUCCUUCUUCUCCAGACACAAUCCUCAUCCUCACAGAGUCAGACACAUGCAAGGGUUGAAUGGAAAGCUGGUUUGUAUGGUGAAUGAUGACUGGUAUGGCUUCACUCCGCUCUGCCCGCAUCCACUCAUUAAAAGUCAAGUGUCUGGGAGCCGUUCGUCUGCGUUUCUCACACCUGAGAUCGGCUCGGAUCGCUCUGGACCACGAGCAGCACUGAUUUCUGAAAGCUGGCGUGAGGAACUGAAGGAUUUGGCCACUAAAGUCAGUCUUUCAGCGGUGGCUGAGACCCAGCAGGACAAGAGAGAGAAACUGACAGAUGAGGAAGUUCCUCGCAGGAAGACGCAGUAUUCGGCGCAGUCCGGCCGAAUCAUCCCUGCCUCGUCCUGGGGAGGGAAGAAGCGCAGCAGCAGGACUUCACACAAACGAGCUCAGCGAUGGCAGACACAAACCCUGGAGGGAGUGGAGCUCAAGGUGCUGGAGCUUUUGUGUCAGAUCCUGCAGACUGAUUCUCUCUCGAUGGUUCAGCAGUGGCUUCUGUUGGCGAGUGACAGAGAGAAAGAGCUGGUUCAGGGGUUACUCCAGCAGGCCAUGGCCGACUCCAGCUCUCUGACCCAGCAGACGUCUGGAUCUGAACUUCUGCCUUUGACGUCUGAAGAUCUGCCUGAUCACGUGUUCCUCAACUCGUCUGUCAGCCGAAGGAAGAGCAUUUCACAUCACGAAGACACAUUACAGGACAAACCAGAGCGGAUCGGAGAGGCAGAAGUUCUCACGCUGUACCCAGAAAACACAUAAUGUCGCUGCUGU